AUGCAGGAAAAGCUAACGAUUAUCGACGUGCCGUGGCACCGCCAGCCGCUCGGCUUAUCAACGUCACAGUCCGCCUGCUCACCUGGCGGACGUCCAUACUCCCCAUACCCUUACCGGGACCUACCCAAGACACCGGGUGAAUGGCCCCCUUACCCCCGCAACAACACCAAGUCCACGCCAGCAUCAACGCAAAAAGGCCACGGCGGCAACUUCCACCUCUUCUCCUACCUUCCCGCCGAGCUCCGCCUGCAGAUAUGGCGCGAAGCCAUGCUCUCGGCAUGCCAGCAGGGCCGGGUCCACCGCGUCCGCCUCGCCAUCACCAACUCGGAGCCGGACUCCCCUGAAGGAAACAACAACACCAACAACAUUCCCCAAUCACAACCCAAACCAACCCUCCACAUCCUCCCCACCCCACACCUGGUCUCCUCCACCCGCGCCACCCGAGCCCUCCUAGCAAGCUGCUCCGAAGCCCGCCACGAGCUCCUCUCCCUCGACAACAACAACAACACCACAACCACCACCAUCACCAGCACCACCCUCCCCAACACCCUCCCCAUCUCCUCCCCCACAAACCCCCACCACAGCAGCACCGCCGGCAUCCUCCGCCUCAACCUCGCCCACGACCUCCUCCUAAUCUCCGAAAUCUCCUCCGCCCUGCUCUUCACCCUCUCCGACGCCCGCCACACAAACCCGGCCCUCCUGGCCCCGCUGCGCGGCGCCCGCCACCUCGGCCUCGACGUCGCGCCGCUGCUGGACGAGGCCGCGGGCUGUGCCUUCCUCUUUCCGGGUGCUGCAGUGUCGCCCGAGGUGGAGAGUGCGUUGGUCGGGUUGACGAUGCGGUUUCUGUGCCAGUUCAGGCAGGCGAUGGAUGCGCCGGCUGUGGUGACGGAUUUGGAUGAUGAGGCCGGGCUGGAGAGGCUUGAAGAUGUGAAGUUGAGGUUGUUGGGGCAUUACGUUACCAGGGAGGAUGGUGCGGAAGCGGAAGGUCUGGAGUUGUCGAGCCCGGAAAGGUGUCUUGAGUAUGCCCUGGGGAAGGAGCCGCGCUGGGUGCAGUGGGAGUGGGUUUGCCAAUGCCUUGACUGUUAG